CGAGCCUUCAUAGGGGAUGGGCGUUGCUACCCCUAAGUUACGGGAAUAAAUCGUAGAUACAAGUCUUUUGUAUAAGACGAUUUAGACGAACUGAACGAAAUUUGUAAAAACUAAAGAAGUGAAUUUCACCAAAUUACGAUGAUAGCUUCACCCCAUAAAUCUGGAGAGAAGCAGCAAAGCCUCGGCGUGCGCCUGCGCCGCUGGUGCCGCAGCCGCCGCUGCCAGCUAUGGCGACUGCUGCUUCUCCCCUUCAUACCCAUCUUGGCACUGAUAGUGCAGACCACGCUCUCGCUGAGGAGCAGCAUCACCAAUGGACGUGAUGUUGCUGAUGUCGAAGAACAAGUAAGCAGAGCUACCGAACUGGGGAAGUUGGUGACCAGACUACAGCAAGAGAGAUCGGAAAUGGCGUUCUUCUUAUUCACCAACGGCAGCACCUUGCGGUCGAAUCUGACUCAGCGAUUCGCAGCUACUGACAACGCGAUUUUCCAAAUGGGAGAUUUACCGCUGCUGGUCUUCAAGAACAAGUUGAAGCCCAUUGACAGCGCAACGUUUCUCAAAGAGCUGCAAGAGUUAAGAGACGGAAUCGGAAUUGGCUCAUCGAUGUCUGAAGCUGUUGAGUGGUACACAAACGCGAAUGCUGCCCUGCUCAGUCAUCUCACCAAGGAAAUCAAAGACACAGACAGCAGCACAUUGUGGAGGUACCUCGUGGGGUUCAAGAACCUUCUCCGCAGUAUCGAAUGCAAAGGCAUCGGUUCAGUUCUGGGCAUUAAUUACUUUGCUAGAGGAUAUCUUCAGCCGAGGGAUCAUGAGCGAUACAUAGCACAUAUGGUCCUCGGCAGAGAUCUGCUAGACAAUACGCUGAACUUGGUACCUUCUCUGAUACCUCUGCAUAAGGACAUCAAGGAAGAUAGCACAGAGUAUCAGGUUUUGGAAAGCAAAAACCAGCAAAUUGUGGACAACCGCAGACGUGUGGGUAGCGUCAGCGAUGCAAUCGAGUAUUACGACCAAACAGCUACUUUGCUGGAUAAGCUUCGGGCUGUGCAGAAACAGCUUAGGGAGUAUAUUCGGGAGGGUGUGAACGAAAGCCUGACUGAAGCCAGGAGGAGUGAAGUGGUAUGUGCAGGGAUCCUUGUUCUGGUGUGUGUAGUGUCACCCAUCAUCAUUGCAUUAGUUAGAAACGCCGUAAACACAAUACAGGUGUACGCCAGAAACUUGUCAGAAAAAGCUCGAGAACUGGAGUAUGAGAAAGAGCUGAGCGACUCUCUGCUGUACCAAAUGCUACCACCCAGCGUCGCCAAACAAUUAAAGCAAACACAACAGGUGCCAGCCGAGUUCUUCGCUUCAGUAACAGUGUAUUUUAGCGAUAUUGUUGGGUUCACUGCCAUUGCCGCGGUCUCAACGCCUUAUCAGGUGAUAAGUUUUCUGAAUUCCGUGUACAAGUUGUUCGACGAACGCAUCGAGUGUUACGACGUCUACAAGAUCGAGACCAUCGGAGAUUCGUACAUGGUGGCCUCUGGAUUGCCUGUCAGAAAUGGUAACAAACACGCCACAGAGAUCGCUAGCAUGGCUCUAGAGUUACUGGAAGCGACAUCGAUGUGCCACCUUCCGCACCGCCCCGAUCAGACACUUUGUAUGAGAAGUGGCAUCCAUACUGGCCCGUGUGUAGCUGGGAUAGUAGGCAGCAAGAUGCCACGAUACUGCCUAUUUGGAGAUACCAUCAACACGGCUAGCAGGAUGGAGAGCACCGGUGAACCAAUGAAAAUCCAAAUUUCUGAAGACGUCAAACGUGCUUUGGACAGAUCUGGACUCUUCGUUACGACUCCACGCGGACUCGUUGAUGUGAAGGGCAAAGGGGAGAUGAUGACCUACUGGCUGGACGGCAGGACAGGGCCGUCGCCAGCGAGACCCACGUCGACCUCCUUAGACUACACGCCCAGCUUCUUAGCCAGGAUUCAUUCCCAGGGCCGAACUUCGCCUCGAUACCGACCCGCUUCAGAGUUGAAGAAUCCACAAUAUUAAAAUAAUGUUGAACUCGAAUUUUAAAAAAAUGUGCUUAUAUCAUUUUAAAAAAUUCUUCAUUGAUAGUCAUACACUGAAAAAAAAAAGUGAAAAUAUGACUUGAUUUCAUCUGAGCCUAUCACGCAUAAAAAUAUUGCUUACUUAAAAUUGUGUUAAGUAAUUAAUUUAUUAGGUCAUAUCUCAGCAGAAUAUCGUAAAGAUUUAAAGUUUACUUACCUUGAUAUAUUAAACUGUUUAAUUUAUAUUACAUCUAUUGAUUUAUAAUUAAUUAAUAGUAAGACGUAUUAUAUGUAUGCUAGUACAUACAGGUUAUUAUAUAUUAUGAUGUGACGUUAUACAGAG